CCACUUUGUCGAAACACUGAAGACACAUAGCAAGGACUUCACUCCAGUAACUACCAGACAACAUGACUUCAAAUUCUAACUUAUCAUCGAUGAGACGGCUGGUGGAGCAACUGAAGCUGGAGGCCAGUGUGGAGAGAAUAAAGGUGUCACAGGCAGCCGCAGAGCUCCAGCAGUACUGUCUGCAGAACGCCAGCAAAGAUGCCCUCCUGGUGGGAGUGCCCACCGGCAGCAACCCGUUCCGAGAACCGAGGUCCUGCAAUGUGGUCUGAAGUCCAGGCUUCAAACAGCACCUGACAUUUCUGGGGACAUUUUACAGAUGAAUCAGGAAUGGAAACCUCCACCUCGAAGGAAAUAUUGUACUUAAACUUGCAGAGCCAGAGACUGUAUAAUUACCCAUCAUUAAACUUUAUUUUGUAGUCUAUUGUCUAGACAUCUUUCUUUAUCUUUCCUUGAAUAGGUGAGCCUGUGUUAGUAACACAAUUCAGACAGGGACCGAGACAGAUAAUCACAAAGCGGAUGUUUAUGCCAGGAGUCCAAAUUACCUCUUGGUAUCUGGCUGUAUCAGAACUUCCUGAACUUCAGUGUAACUUGGGAGCAAGAGCAGAGACAGGAAACUCUUUCUUCCUGUUAGAAACUGCAGACACUUAGCAUGUUUCACUUCACAUCUGGCUGUAUUUGUAGUGAGUGGCACUUUUAGCGAACAGAUUGAAAUCAGGGCUAGUGGCCCAAUUGUGAUAGCUGGCUAGCUAGACUGCCACCGCUUACAGUCGUCACAAUUGUACAUCUGUUCUUUAGUUUAUAUACAAGUGAUGUUGGCUACAAUUCUUAUUUCAGAAAAACACUUGUGGACAAUUCUCUUUUCAAACUCCACGGUGACAUUUUUGUUCUUUAAUUUAGGAAAACAAACUGACAUGGUUGACAAGCAAAUAAUAUUGACCUGGUCAACUCACAACACUGCUGAUGUGCUACAGACUAGAGAUGAAUUACCGUAAUUUCCAGACUAUAGAGCACUCUGGAAUAUUAGCCGCACCCACUACAUUUAAGAAGGGAAAUAGAGCUUGUUCAUACAU